AUGUUGAGAUUCUUUUAUAUUAUGUUUUUUCUAUCGGUAUCUAAUGGUUUACAAUCAUUUUUCUAUGAUACAGAUCCAUUUGGAUUCGAUUGUUUACAUUAUUUUUCACUUGAAUUAUCCUUUACUGGAAUAGUCAAAUAUUGUAUUCGUCCAAAUAACAACAAAAAUUUGACGACAGUAGUGCAUUUUAUUAAUAUAUCUGAUCAAUCUUUUACUUUCGAUGAAUUAUAUCAUUUGAAUGUUACGUCAGAUGAAAUUCUUCGAUGGUCGUCAUCGAUUGAUGUUGCUGAACAAUAUCAAUAUUAUCUCGAUCAACCAUUUGAAUCCAAUUUAUCGAAUGAAACUUUUUUUAAUUGUACACGUCCAUGGUUUGGAUCUCGAUGUGAAUAUUCAUUAGAAUUAAUUACAGAUGAAUUUGUUUGGAAUUCAUUUGAAAUGACUUCAACAAAUAAUAUGUUUCAACAAACGUGUUACAUUCAUUUAGAAUGCGAUCGCGGUGGUCCAUCGAUUUGUCUUGACUGGCGUGAGAUAUGUAAUGGCCGAAUCGAUUGUCUAAAUGAUGGUAUCGACGAAAUUGGAUGUUUUGAUUUAGAAGUAAAUGAAUGUAAUGAGAAUGAAUAUCGAUGUCACAAUGGUUUUUGUAUUCCAAAAAUAUUUUUGGAAAUGAAAUCGGUAGAAGCACAAUGUUUUGACGGAUCGGAUGGGAUUGUUAAGAACAAUUAUCUUCCGAUAUUUUAUUAUGGACCACAUCUAUUCGAAUAUCAAGAAUAUGUAUGUCGACCUGACGAAGGUCAAUUUACGUGUGGUAAUGGACAAUGUGUAGAAGAUUUUGGUCAAUGUGAAAAUAAUCGACAUUUAGCAUUGACUCAAUCAAUUAGUAUUCAAGGAAAUUUAUCCUAUUCAUGUUGGAUAGUUAUGAUUUGUCUCAGCAAAAUCAUGAAUAAAAUCGAAAAUAUAACAUGUGAUCAGUUCAUACAAUCUUCUGAAAUUAUUGAAGAAUUUAAGAACUGUGCGUUUCCUCUUGAAUUUCCUGUUAUUCCUGUACUAUUUGGUCAUGUACGAUUUUUAUAUGGUCCAAAAGAAAUUGACAAUAUUAAUACAACAUUAGCUCUGAAACCUGAUUAUGUUUGUUAUGAUGAACAAUUAUGUGAUUUUCUCACACCUACAUUCAAUCAUAAAAAUUUCACUUGUCGAUACGGGAAUCAAACAGGCCUUGGCAUGAAUGUGGAAUUAACUACAUGGAAAUCUAUUAUCGAUUCAAUCAAACCAUACUUUAUUGGUUGUAUCACUCAACCUUAUCAAAAUCUCAGUUCUCACUAUUCAUCAUUAUAUCAAUGUAAAAAUUCGUUAAAAUAUAUUUCUAAAUAUCGAAUCGUUGAUGGUAUACCCGAUUGUUUUCUAAAUGAUGAUGAAGAAGCAUUUGAAUUGAGUUGUUUAUUAAAUCAAACACUUCGAUUUCAAUGUCCAGAUGAGAAACAAUGUCGUUCACCUCUAAUUUCACCAAAUAUCUGUUCUCGUCCAACAGAUAUAAAUUAUGAGGAAAUUUUAUUUUAUCAAAUAUGCGAUCGUAUUGCAGAUUUGCCGUUGAUGUUGAUUAAUGGACAAUACCAUUCAGAUGAAACUGACUGUGAAAAUUUGCAAUGUAAUAAUAUUUAUACACGAUGUGAUGGAUUUCGAAAUUGUCUUAAUGGAGAGGAUGAAAAGAAUUGUACACAACUAAUUAAAUUAAAUCAUUUUCUAUUUUGUAUUUCAUCAAAGAAUUAUACAUUUAUGUGUUUACCAGCUGAUCAAGUUAGUAAUGAAACGGUCGAUUGUCUUGGAGUAUCAUUCGAUACAGUUGAAUAUUUUCAAAUGAACAAUAUUACUGUGGAAACAUACAAGUUUCGUUACUGGAAUUACACAAAAUGUAAAGACGAUGAAAAUACUUGUGAAGAACAUCAAAACUGUUUUAUGUAUAAUAAUUAUCAAUUUUGUGUUAAUCGUUUAAAAUACUAUGAUUUAAAUGAUCUUUUCAAUGUGCAAAACAUUGAAUGUCGAAUCGUUAAUACAGGUUAUGUAUCUUUUUCAUUAGAUACUGCAUUAGUUUAUCCAACCUCACAGACUAUUUCAACUUAUUCUAUUAAAAACCAGAUCACUGACGAAAAGAGACACUUGCCAAUUGAAAUGAUCACACAGCCAAAUGUUUGUAAUUAUGGUUUACAUAUGUAUCAUCGACUUGGAGUGGACAAUUACAGUAGUCUAUGUUUUUGUCCGCCAAACUAUUAUGGUGAUCAAUGUCAGUAUCAAAAUCAACGUGUUAGUUUAACUCUCGUAUUAGCAACGGUUCAUCAGCCGAUAGUCUAUGCUAUUAUUGUUACCUUAAUGGAAGAUGAUAACGAUAGACAAGAAAUUCAUUCGUACCAUCAAUUUACUUAUGAAUCAAAAACAUAUUGUGGCCGGUCUGUAGAUAUCUAUCUAUUAUAUACAACACAAGAAAAGAAUACUUCAAAAAACUAUAGCAUUCAUAUUGAUGCAUUUGACAAGAGUUCAUUAACGUAUCUAUUAAGUUGGCAUUUAACAGUUCCGUUUAUUUUUUUGCCAGUUAAUCGAUUGAGUGCUUUUUUGACUAUUCCAAUAUCUCGACCAUUGAAUUUUAAUCAUUGCAAUCUUCAAUGUUAUAAAGGUACUUGCAUGAAAUAUCAUAACGAAGAACGAUUCUUUUGUCAAUGUAAUUCAGGUUGGUCUGGUGCACAAUGUCAUAUUCCAAUCGAUUGCAAUAUGUGCGCAUCAAACUCGAUCUGUCUUGGUUCGAUUCAAAAUCGGUCAAUAUGUGUUUGUCCUGAAAAUAGAUUUGGUUCAUUUUGUCGUCUUAAACUAAUGUGCCUAGAAGGAUUUUGUAAAAAUAAUGGCCGAUGUGUCGUAAUCGAUGAGAGAAUGAUUGAUGAAAGUUAUGUAUGCUUCUGCUCCGAACAAUUUUAUGGAUCAAGAUGUCAAAACAUCAAUCAUAGAAUAGAGAUUUCUCUGAAGAAUAUUGAUAUUCCAUCACACUUACUCAUUUAUAUCUACAAUGAGAUUAGUUUUGAACAAUUAAUACCAACAUUAACUAUACUCAAAAAAAUGGCUAUGUUUCAGAAUCAUGUCAUUUUAUAUUCUCAACAUAUGUUCGUAAUGAUUCUUGUCAAAGUUUAUACUCGUUAUUAUUUGGCUGUACUUCAAAAAGUCGAACGAUCUAACAUAACGACAUCGAUUAUUCCUGCGCAACGAUGUGCUUCUGUUGAUGAAAUUUUGGAUACUAAAUUAGUAUCAUUACCACGAAUUCAACGAUUGAAAAGUUAUCAUAUUCCAUGUCAACGUGAUUUUAAUCUACAAUGUUUUGUGGAUGAAUUUUACGUGUGUCUAUGCACAGAAGAACAUCAUAGUAAUUGUUUUCCAUUAGAUCAUCAAUUGAGUUUUGUGUGUGAAGAUAAUGUUUAUUGUGAAAAUGGUGGAACAUGUUUACAAGAUCGACCUAUGUGUUUCUAUAGUAUAUUGUGUGUAUGCAGCGAUUGUUUUUUUGGUGAUCGAUGUCAAUUUUAUGCUAAAGGUAUUGGAUUAAUAUUAGAUGAUUUAUUGCGAUAUGAAAUUCGACCUAAUAGUACGCUAAAUGAUCAAUCAUUGGUAGUUAAAUUGAGUGUAACAUUUAUCAUGAUUAUUUUUCUCAUUGGUUUAAUCAAUGGUUUUCUUAGUUAUUUAGUUUUUCAUAAUCGUGAUUCUCGUAAAGUAGGAUCUGGAAUUUAUCUUCGAUUAUCAUCAAUUAUUUCUAUUCUAAUUGUUAUUAUAUUAAUUAUAAAAUUCUGGUUCGUAGUAUACACGUAUAUGAAUCCAUUGAUCAAUCGUAAUAUUCUUCGAGUUGGAUGCUUAGUACUUGAACCUUUACUUCGUCUUUUCUUAAAUAUGAGUAAUUGGCUUAAUACUUGUGUAGCCAUAGAAAGAGCAAUAUCAGUCCUGCAAGGAAUUAAUUUUAAUAAGAAAAGAAGUAAAUGUAUUGCACGAUGGUUACUUUUCAUUUUACCACUUAUUAUUUUGGGUUCAAUGAGUUAUGAGCUUAUCUAUCGUGAUCUAUUUGAUGAUCAUGAAGAACGACGUGUUUGGUGCGUACUUCGCUAUUCUCAAUCAGUCGAAAGAUAUACGACAAUUGUACAAUAUUUCCAUUUUGUUGCUCCUUUUGCAAUAAAUCUAUCUUCAGCCCUUUAUAUCAUCAUAAACAUUGCGCGACAGCGAACGACCACUCGAACUAAAUUUAAUUAUAGACAACAACUAGUUAAUCAAAUCAACGAGCACAAACAACUUAUUAUCAGUUCUAUUUUAUUAGCUGUUUUACUGUUUCCUCGUUUUCUUAUUUCAUUAUUAUCAACAUGUGUUAAAGCAUCACGAAAUCCUUGGUUAUAUCUUUGUGGUUAUUUUAUUUCAUUCAUUCCAUCAUCUCUCAUCUUUGUAAUCUUUGUUCUACCAUCGAGUUUUUACAAGAAACAAUUUAAACAAUCGAUUAUCACUUGGCGACAACGAUUUAUGAGAAUGAUGAGACAAUGA